CGAGCCGUCGCCCUUGCGCGACGACAGCCGCGUCAAGUGCGGCUACUUCUCAAAGUGUGGCGGCUGCCAGUUCCAGAUGCUCGACUACGCCGAGCAGCUCAAGUACAAGAAGGGGGUCGUCGAGCGGGCGUUCAAGAACUUCUCGCAGCUCCCGCCCGAGCUGGUCCCGACCAUCGGCGACACCAUCGGCAGCCCCCUGCAGUACGGCUACCGGACCAAGCUGACGCCGCACUUUGACGGCCCGCCGGGAUACCACAAGAAGGGGGCCGCCCGGAAACCGCUGGACCACCGGCCAGACAUUGGCUUCAUGCUCAAGGGCACGCGCAAGACCAUGGACAUUGAGGACUGCCCGAUCGGCACGGACGCGGUGCGCAAGGGGAUGAAGGCCGAGCGGGAGCGCAUGGAGCGCGAGUACGGGCAGUACAAGCGCGGCGCGACGAUCCUGCUGCGCGAGAGCACGCAGCGCGUGUACAAGGACGGCCGGACCGUGGGCACAGCCGCCACCGAGGAGGACGUCGAGAAGGCAAAAGCCCAAGACCCGGUGGUGGUCGAGACGGACGCAUACACGGACUACAAGACGUGCGUGACGGACGGCACUGCCACGUCGACAGAGUACAUUGACGACUUUGUGUUUUACAACCCGGCCGGGUCCUUCUUCCAGAACAACAACUCGAUCCUGUCCACCUUUACAGACUACAUCCGGCAGCACAUCCUGCCGCCUUCCCCUUCCCCGGCCGACCCGGCCGCGCCAAAGAUCAAGAACCUGAUCGACGCCUACUCUGGCUCGGGCCUGUUCACCAUCACCUUGUCCUCGCUCUUCGCGGGCCACGCCACGGGCAUCGACAUUGCCGACGCCUCGAUCGCCUUUGCGCGGCGCAACGCGUCGGCCAACGGCCGCCCGGAGGCGCAGACCAACUUCAUCGCCGCCGACGCGGGCCAGCUCUUCAAGAGCGUCCGGGCCAACAAGGGGGAGUACCACCCGGACGAGACGGUCGUCGUGCUCGACCCGCCCCGCAAGGGUUGCGACGCGAGCUUCCUCUCGCAGCUCAUGCAGUUUGGGCCCCGGCGCAUCGUGUACGUCAGCUGUAACGUGCACACCCAGGCCAGGGACAUUGGGUGCCUGGUCAGGGGCAAUACCAAGAGCAUGGAGACGACGACGACGACGACUGGGGCCAGCGGCGAGGGUGCUGGAUCCAGUGAUGUCGGGAGUGGCGGCGGCGCGAGGUACGAGAUGGAGAGCCUACGCGGGUUCGACUUCUUCCCGCAGUCGGCGCAUGUCGAGGGUGUUGCUGUGCUCAACAGGGUCGAUGAUGUCGCCGCGCCGGCGUCGUCUUUAAAGGGGUACGGAGAAAAUUAAGCCUAUAUACAAAGAAUUCAUGCAAUUGAUGGGCAACCCAGGAGCCAGA